CAGUUUUCAGUUAACAGUCGAGCGGUGAACAUGAACCGGGUUUUGUUGGUAACGCCCAGCGACCGUUAGAACAGCUCUAUAAAUAUUUUCGAAUUGUCAACAACGGACUUCUGUGCGUUGCCAAGAGAACGAAAUUCUCUAUAAAUAAUUUGUAUCCUGAAUCCUCGCACAAAUCUAAAACAACGAGGAUCCGCGAUAAUGGCCUGCUCUACGAACGUGCUGAAGGUGUUUGCCCUAUUCAGUGAUAUUAUCUAUGCCCUAUUCGGCCUGGUUGUGAUUGGCCUUGGGGUGCACAUCAUUUACAAGUUCGAGCACUUCAACACGGCCGCCUUCGUCAUCAUUGGCCUGGGCGUGGUCGUGGUGCUGUCGGCCCUCUUUGGAUCCCUCGGGGCGGCACGGGAGAGCAGCAGCAUAUCCAAGACGUUCGUAGUAAUUUUGAUUAUCCUGAUUGUGCUGGAAAUUCUGGUCGUGGGCUUCCUUUGGGCAUUCCAAACGUCGCUGUUGAUAAACGUGGACAAGACAUUCGAUCAGCUGUGGAACGACCAGCCGGUGCCCAUUAAGCCGGGAAAUCAGAGCCAGAUAGCCAGUCUUGAGCGAUGGUUGGACUGCUGCGGAAAUGUGGGACCCAAGGACUAUCUGCUGCCCCCCAAUAGUUGCUACAACAGCGAAACCGAUAAACUGAAUCUCGAGGGCUGUAGGCAAAAGUUUCUGGACUUCAUUGCCGAACGCUGGACGGCCUUCAACAUUGUCUCCCUGGUGCUAGUCGGCGUGGAGAUAAUCUGCGCCCUGUUGGCCUAUGUCCUGGCCAACAGCAUUGUGAAUCGCUGGCGACGCUCCAAGUACUAUCAGAAGUAGG